AUGUCCCUUUUUCUCCGGAACGAGUCUUCGGACGAUGCUCUUUUAUGUAAGGUCUUCCCCGCCAGCCUCGGCAACUUGGGUCUUAUAUGGUUUAACCAGCUCCCAGCACGGUCGAUUUCCUCUUUUGACUCCCUUUGCGAUGCCUUCAUGGCUCGGUUCGUCACAAGCAACAAGCACGAGAAGGAAAUUGAUUCCCUCCUCGCUCUCCGAAAGCGAAAUGAUGAAACACUUCGACAGUACGCCGGUCGCUACUGGGAGUUGUUCAAUGAAAUAAAAGGAUGUGACGGUCUCAUCUCAGCCCGAGGAUUCAAGCUCGGCCUCACCCCCCAAGACGAGCAACUCAUCGAAUCUAAAGCCGAAAGAGGCAUGGGGAAGCCCACAAGCUCAAAAACCACCUCUGCUUCUGUUUCCAUUCCUGCUCCUGUAUCUGUCUCGAUCCAAAAGAAGCAGAUCAACAUCAUGCAGGCCCAGAGGAAAGGACCGAAGCCAAAUGAUUUCAACGCCGAAAAGACCGUCUUUACCAUUCCUAUCUACCAGAUCAUAGACCAAGUAAAGGAUCAGCCCUUCUUCUCCUUCCCGAAUCAGAAGCUUGGAACCGAAAAUGGGAAGAUCAAAAACCCUAUCGUUCGGUGCAGUUACCACAACGAACAAGGUCACUUCACCACCGCUUGCAAACCCUUUAAGUCUUAUUUAGAAUAG